GGACGGACUUCAGGUGAUUAUGAUUUAUGAAGUUGUUAUAGCGUUAUGAUGGAGCGGGUAAUCAACAAACAAGAAAAAAGUAAUAUGUAUUAGAGAUAUAUAAGUAUUUUUCCUAUUUUUUCUAUUAAUUUUUUUCCACUCUCCUUUUCGGUUCCUACUCUUGUGGAUAGUGGCUUGCAUCUGUUGCAACGUCCAGCUACUUUCUCUCCUUACUUCUGUAUAUUAAAUCAUGGGAUUAUCAAUGAGAACAACAACUCAGAUUUCCACAAUCACUAAAUCUCUACAUGGUAUCAGAGCUAGCAACGAUCAGCUAGAUCCAUCCUAUCAUCUUUUUUUUCUUUUCUUUCUUCUUCUUUCUUUCCUCCCCUGUUCUUCUGUUAAUCAUCAUGACCGGCGGCUCAAUUAUUUCCGACUCAAGCAAAGGAUCCACAAGUUCAGAGAUCCAAAUCAUCACCUUUAAUCCAGCCACCCAGCUUCCUCUGAAGCUCACCCCUUCGAACUUCGCCUCCUGGCGCUCUCAGCUUGAAACUCUCCUCAUGGGGCUUGACUUGAUUGGCUACCUAGAUGGAACGACAACCGCUCCACCUCAAUCGAUCACAAUAGAUGAGUUUCUGCGGACAACCCUGCUUACCACAACUGGUUCAGGCAAGAUAAACUCAUUCUUCAUGCCAUGAGAUGCUCAAUUGACGAAUCCAUCUAUUCCUUUGUCUCGGCUGCAUCCACUGCUCGCGUAGCUUGGCUUACUCUGGAGAAGCUGUACGCUAGCAGCGCUCAAUCGCGCGUCAUUCAUCUCAAAGGGAAGCUCGCAAAAUCGGUCAAGGGAGAUCGGGAUAUCCUCACCUUCAUCAAUGAUCUCAAAUCUACUGCUGCUGAACUCGCUCUUAUUGGUGAGCCCGUGAAAGACAUUGACUUGAUUGUCCACUGUCUUCGAGGUCUGGGCGAAGAAUACCAGGCUUUCGCCGCCGCUGUUCGAGCACGAGGUCCUGGCCUCACUCUCGAAGACCUGGGGGAUUCGCUGGUUGAGUUCGAGGCGGACAUCAAGGCUCGUCCCCAAAUCACCGUACCAACGACGUUCUUCUCUCAAGGUCAGAAACAGGGCAGCUCCCCUCAGUCCCGACCUCACCGUGGCGGUGCCUCUGCCCAGCCCUACUUCGCUGGGUCUUCUCCCCGUGGGCCGCCCAGUCCGUCUCGCCAGCUCUUUUCUGGCCCAGCAUCUCCGCGUGAGAACUCCAGCCCAAUGCCUCGUCGACCCAGACCGGUCUGCCAGUAUUGCGAAAAGCCUGGCCAUACAGUGCACCAGUGCUUUCGUCUAUUCCCUCAAGCCCGCCAGGCUCAUCUUCAGACUCGACCGGCCCAAGUGCAUUACUCCAAUGCUGGUUCCUCUAUUCCCCAAUCCACAACCGGCCCAUCCAAUCCAUGGCUAAUGGAUCCGGCUGCCUCUCACCAUGUCACUGGCGACCUUGGGAACUUAUCGCUAUACUCCGAUUAUACAGGGCCUGAUGAAUUGGUUGUUGGGAAUGGCUCAGGUUUGCGAAUUAGCCAUAUUGGCUCUUCUAAUCUCUCUACUGGCUUGCAUUCCCUAUCGUUACAGGAUGUUCUACAUGUUCCUUCCAUUAAACGACAUCUUAUUUCUGUGGCUCAAUUAUGUCGUACUAACCCAGUGUCUGUGGAAUUUUUUGCCACGCAUUUUGUUGUGAAGGAUCUUCGCACGGGGGCGCUGAUGUUGAGAGGGGAAAACAGAGGUGAUGUGUAUGAGCUCUCGCCCACGACUGAACCUGUUUGCAUGGCGCUUGUUACCACUCGCACGACCACACAAUCCUGGCAUUCCAGACUCGGUCAUCCAUAUGCUCAAUCCCUUCGCAGUUUGCUCCGCUCCCAUUCCCUUCCAGUUUCUGCAUCCUCUUCUCUUAGUCAUUGUGAUGCUUGUCUUUCUAAUAAAUCCCACAAACUUCCCUUUGGUGUUUCCUCUCUUACAAGUACUAGACCAUUUGAUCUAUUAUAUACUGAUGUUUGGGGCCCUGCUCCUAUUACUUCUCUUGAUGGUUUUCGCUUUUACUUGAUUAUUAUCGAUCACUAUACUCGCUAUACCUGGUACUAUCCCCUCUGUCGUAAAUCCGAUGUUUCCCAGGUGUUUCUUGAUUUUCGUUCCAUGGUUGCCAACUAUUUUUCCACUACUAUUCGUCGUCUCUAUACUGAUGGUGGUGGUGAAUUCAUUAAGUUAUGUCCUGAGCUAUCUUCCCAUGGCAUUACACACCUUCUCACUCCUCCUCAUACACCGGAGCACAAUGGUUUGGCUGAGCGUAAACAUCGACAUCCCGUCGAAACUGGUAUCACUCUCCUUCAUCACGCCAAACUUCCCUCUAGUUUUUGGUCCUAUGCUUUCUCCACUGCGGUUUAUUUGAUUUAUCGUAUGCCCUCCUCUGCCCUUCGUGGCCAGAUACCUUAUACUCUUCUGUUCAACCAAAUUCCUAACUAUCAUAAGCUUCGUGUUUUUGGGUGUUUGUGUUACCCAUGGCUUCGUCCUUAUGCACCAAAUAAUCUUGCCCCCCGUUCCCAUCCUUGCAUUUUCCUCGGCUACUAUCCCCAGCGGAGUGCUUAUAAAUGCUUUGAUUCCCACACUAAUCGUCUAUUUCUUUCUCACCAUGUGCACUUUGUUGAAGAUAUUUUUCCAGGCUACUCCUCACCCACUGCACCUGCCGUUCCCACUCCCGCUACUUGGCUUUUUGAUGCCACCCCGCCCAUCACUUUCCUCCCCGGCGCUCGGACCACCACGCCUCUGCUCAGCCCAGCCCCGCCUGGGCCCGAUUCCCCCUCUCCAUCGGCCCAUUCCGGCGCAGGAUCCUCCUCAACAUCGCCUGGCUCCACUUCGGCAACUGGGCCGUCCUCUGGGCCUGCGACUACACCACCAGGGCCUCCCCCACCACAGCCCGUACAGCCUCCUCCUUUGGCCCGCUCCCACACCAUGACUACUCGGGCUCAACAUGGUAUCUUUAAGCCCAAAAGGCUGUUUAUUGCUUCAGCAGGGUCCUCGUCUGCCUCUGCCUCCUCCUCACCACCGCUGGAGCCUACUUCUGUGAAAGAGGCACUGCUCUAUCCAGAAUGGUCCGCUGCCCUCACUGCCGAAAACCAAGCUCUACAUGACAAUGAGACGUGGGAUCUCGUGCCUCGCCUGCCCCAUUACAAUGUCCUGGGCAAUAGGUGGGUUUAUUGUGUCAAACGACAACCAGAUGGCUCUAUUGCACGGUUCAAGACUCGCUUGGUUGCCAAAGGUUUUCAUCAACGCCCCGGAAUCGACUUCGGCGACACCUACAGUCCGGUCGUCAAACCAGUUACAGUGCGCACGGUACUCACUCUUGCCCUAUCUCACAAGUGGUCAAUUGCUCAUUUCGAUGUCAAUAAUGCCUUCUUGCAAGGCCCAUUGGAGGAUGAGGUGUACAUGCUCCAGCCCCCUGGCUACAAGGAUCCGGACCGCCCCAAUCAUGUCUGCCGCCUCAAACGGGGCAUCUAUGGGCUUUGGCAGGCUCCUCGUGCUUGGUACAAAGCUCUCAGUUCGUUCCUCCUUGAUUUUGGCUUCACUAAGACGAUCUCGGACUCGUCCCUCUUUGUCUACAAGCGUGAUGAUGCCCUGCUCUAUUUUCUGGUCUAUGUCGACGACCUAUUACUCACCGGCAAUAAUGAUCAGCUGCUUGCCUCUUUUCGUGAGGCUCUUUCCCACCGUUUCUCGUUGAAGUCACUGGGUGAUAUCUCCUAUUUUUUGGACAUUGAGGUCAUCCCAACUACUGAUGGGUAUCUGCUCUCCCAGCACAACUAUAUGCAGGAUAUUCUCACUCGCUUUGAUAUGCUUGACGCCGCCCCUACCCCGACUCCAAUGGCUUCCACAGUCACUUUAUCUCUCACCGACGACAGCCCUCCCUCUGACUCCACUCGGUUUCGUCAGAUUAUAGGGGCCCUCCAAUAUCUAGUCUACACGAGGCCUGACAUCGCAUUCUCCGUCAACAAACUCUCCCAAUUUAUGCACUCUCCUUCUGCUUCCCAUUGGCAGAGCUUAAAGCGUUUGCUGCGCUAUGUCACUGGCACAAUUCAUCAUGGUCUCAUCAUCCACCGGUCACCUCAGCCUCUCACUCUCUCGGCCUUUGCAGACUCUGACUGGGCGAGCAACUUGGACGACCGCUCCUCCACAUCGGCAUACCUCCUCUACCUCGGCUCCACACUAGUCUCCUGGCGGUCUCAAAAACAGAGAACUGUUGCUCGAUCAAGCACUGAAGCCGAAUACCGCGCUAUAGCUCAUGCAAGUGCGGAAAUUGAGUGGCUUCAAAAUCUUCUCCAAGAACUUCAUCAUCCUCUCCAGGCUCCUCCCACACUAUACUCCGACAAUCUCGGCACUACCUAUUUUUGCUCCAAUCCAGUCUUCCACUCCCGAAUGAAGCAUCUCGCAUUGGACUACCAUUUCGUAAGUCACCUUGUACAAGAAGGUCGUCUAGUGAUUCGCUACAUUCCCACCACUCAACAAUUGGUCGACGUUCUCACCAAGCCCCUACCCGCUGCUCGGUUUCUUCUUCUACGGUCCAAGAUCGGUGUUGUUGACACAACGUCCGUCUUGCGGGGGCGUAUUAGAGAUAUAUAAGUAUUUUCCCUAUUUUUUGUAUUAAUUUCUUUCCACUCUCCUUUUCGGUUCCUACUCUUGUGGAUAGUGGCUUGCAUCUGUUGCAACGUCCAACUACUUUCUCUCCUUACUUCUGUAUAUUAAAUCAUGGGAUUAUCAAUGAGAACAACAACUCAGAUUUCCACAAUCACUAAAUCUCUACAAUAUGCAUAUAUUGUGUAUAUAUAUAUAUAUAUAUAUAUAUGGUUGACUAAAAUGAGGUGUGUUAGCUAGUCUAGCACGGGGAAAACAUAUAGACCAUUACCAAAAAUAGAACAAAACAGACCACACAGUUUGGUAUGAACUUUAGAUUAUUAAGAAAUAAGAAUAGUUUGAUCGGGUACUUGGUAUGAUCUAUGAUCUAGUCUAGACAGUGGUUUGUCGGAGUAGUCAUAGACUCAACCAAGGGCGGACCUAGGCACAAGGGAGGUGUGUCAUCUGACACACCGUCGCCCGAAAAUUUUGUGAAAGACCUCUAAUUCGUCGGUACUAAAAUUUUGAUCCCGGGAUUUCCGACAUACCUCUGAUCAUUGUAUCCGACACAACUCCAUUGUGUUUAUGGAAAUUUAUUGUCAUAAGUUAUCAAAAUAUAUAAAUAUAAGUUCAGGGUAGCGUACGUCCGGCCACCGUACGCCUAUUGAGUUUUGCUAUUUAGAUAAAUAAUUAACCGGACUUUGGGGCAUGAUCCUAUAUCCUAACCUCUAAUGGGUGAACCCCAAUCCCUAAUUUUCUAACCCAAACUGCAAAAUUAGGUCAAUCUUAAAAUGAAACUCAACAAUAAUUUCGACGAAUCAGAAUCAUUGAUUUUCAUUUCAAGAUUAAAUGAAUCUUAUGUUAGUUUAGUGAAUUGGGGAUUGCGGUUCACACAUUAUUGUUUAGUUGUGUAUAAUGAAAAACAUUUGCUUUGCAACAUAAGUGAUGAAUGUAUUUUAGAGACAUUUCAGCAGAUGAAAAGUCGUCGUGAUUCGUUGUAAAAUGACAUUGUGAACUUCGUAAAUUAAUUUCUUUUAAUUUCUACUUAAUUUUUUUAUUUAAUUAUUAUUCUAUGUUAGCGGCGACACACCUCUCCAACAAUCAUAGAUCCGCUACUGGACUCAACUCACUUCCCAAUUCGAGUUAGAAGCACACUCGACCACCAUCCUCACUCACCAACAACACCCAAGUCUCACAUGCGUGCACUACAAGAAGAUAUAUCUUCAGUUAUGGGAACAACAAUCUAGUGAGCUUCCCGUGACCAUUGGUGGGCGGGAACGGAAACCGAAAAUCUUCUAUUGGCGCAUUCACUUGGUGGUAUCCAAAAUAUUUUGGCCCUUGAAAAUUUUCAAGUGACCGACCCUUGUCUAUUUGGAUUUUAUUUUUAAGUUGUUCUCAUUUUCAAUUUUUUCAAAACAUCUCUUCUCAAUUAAGGUUGAUUUCUUACCUAUAAAUUUUGAAUUUCUUCUAUACUUUGUUAAUAUGCAAUUUGCUUAAAGUGUUACACUUCCCUUUGAGCCCCAUCAAAAGAGGGAAGGGAAAAAAAACACAAAAAUUUCUCUUCGAUCUUCCCUUCUCUCCAUCUCUCUUAAAUAUCAAUUUACCAAUCUUCUUAUUCCUCCUUCUCUAUUCUGAUACUCUAGAUAUUCCUUCUCGCAAGAUUGGCGUAAUAUCGUACAAUGUUUGGCUUUUUUUUUUAAUAUUGUAUUAUUUCCCUAGUGGAGCUCUGCAUUAAUAUCUCUCUCAUUGAGAUGAUUUCCUCCAUUCUCUGUUUUAUCUUCUCAUAUUUGGAGACUCUUUUGUCUUAGUGUCAAAGGGUUGAUGUCUUCAGACUUCAACAGUCUUCAUCUUUUUAUUCCUUCUGUUUACCUCCUUGUUUCUCAUAAUCUGUCGUAAGAUUUGGGGACUUUUAGUCAUUUGUGUCUCGAAUCAAACUCAUAAUGGAUU